AUGCAGGCAAGCAAUGAUUCGCUUUCUGUUUUAGCUCCUAAUAUAACUGGAUCUCCAGCUGUCUUGUUAACCCCUGGUCGAACUAGAAAUAUCGCUCAAGAUAUGGAAGCCUUAAGACUUUCUAGACAAGACAAUCCAUAUUUACAGCAAGUGAUGGCAAGUAGAGAGAGUUUAAUUGAAAGCCACACAGAGGAAUGUGAAUCAGACGAUACUAUACUAAUGUCACAGGAAUUUGGUAGCACUGCCCUGGAUUUUGUGGAAGAUGAUCCAAUGACUCUAAAGGAAGUUCAUGAACACUUGAUUAGAUCUCCCCCACCUACAAGUUGUUGGCCCCAUGACACUGUAUCGUAUCGCGCGUCCAGUGCCUUCGAUUUCACGGACACACCCGUGUCAUAUAGCGUAUACUCCGUCGCUUCACAAGAUAAGGAAUUCCUGCCAUCUAGAUCUCCACGUCGUAACCCUCGUAGUGAUGAGUCAAAGAACAACAAUACUCCAAGUCGCCCGAGGUCAUCGAGGUCGGUGUCACCUCGUUCCCAUGACCUGACCUUAUGUGGACGACCUUUGUCCUUGCCAGGUGAGAGCCAUCUCCGUACAGCGCUCAGUAAAAAGCCAGGUUCACAACAAAAUGAAAGAUUCUCCAUCUUGCAACCAAGACCUCUCCGACGGCCGGCCAGCCGUAGGGACGACGAUAACGUCAAAUUAGUACAAGAUUCCGAUAAGUUAGCAAGAUGUGCG